CUCAACAAUAAUCACGAUUGAUUUAAUCAUCACGAUUUAUUGCUCUCCAUACAAUUCUUUUUAAAAGAAGUUCUCUCUCACCUUUGAAACAUUUGUACCUACUUUGUAUUAUUCAAAGUUUUUGUUUAUGCAACAAGUAUUAUUAGAUUGUCAACAAACCAUCAACACAGACGAAUUAUUUGUCUAUUGCAGCCUUAGCCUCAUUACCUAUCGUAGACCACUCCAAGUAGCUAAAGAAGAACAUUUACCAAACUGACAAUGUGCGGAAUUACCUUUGUUUUGAGAUAUCUCACUGAAAAAGCUAGUCAAGAUCAAAGACAAGAAGCGUUGGAAGAAGUUCGUGCCUUAUCCAAAUUGCUCGUUCACAGAGGACCAAUUGAAUCUGAUAUUAAAGUAUGGCCUCUUUCCACUGCCAAGGAAUCCUAUGCUUGUAUGGCUCAUGAACGUUUGUCCAUUAUUGAUCUUACUACUGGUAAACAACCAAUUCUUUCACAAGAUGAAACUUGUGCUGUCAUUCACAAUGGUGAAAUUUAUAACCAUGAUGACAUUGAUGCUGAAUUGAAAAAGGAAGGAUUCCAAUACCGUACUCAUUCCGAUUCUGAAUGUAUUCUUCACUUGUACGAACAAGCUAAAAAGAAGAGAAUUGAAAAAGGUCAAGUCGAUCCAUUGACUGUUAUUACCAUUCAAGAUGCUGUUGAAUUUGUUUCCAAAUUGGAUGGUUACUUUGCUACUGUUGUCUAUGACUCUGUUACUCAAACCUUGGUUGCUGCUCGUGACCGUAUUGGUAUCAAGCCUCUCUACAUGGGUAGAAAGAAGAAUGUUGAUGGACAAAUGGACAGUGUCUGGUUUGCCUCUGAAAUGAAAGUUUUGAGUGCAGCUGGCUGUUAUGAAAUUGAUACCUUCUUACCAGGUAUGGUCUAUCUUCAACAUUCUUCUCAAGAAUUUGGUGUUAUUGAACAAUAUUAUAACCCAAUUUGGUUUGAUAGCAAGGUUUACAACAAGCCAGAAGAAACUGAUUUGGUCAAGAUUAGAGAAGGUUUUGAGGCUGCUGUUAAGAAGAGAAUGAUGUCUGAUGUUGAAUUGGGAGUCUUUUUGAGUGGUGGUUUGGACUCCUCACUUGUUGCUGCUCUUGUUAAAAAGUAUACUAACCAACCUCGUUUGCACAGUUUCUCAAUUGGUAUUGGUGCAAAUGAAAGUUCCGAUUUGGUUGCUGCCAGAAAGGUUGCUGCUCACUUGGGCACUGUUCACCAUGAACACAUUUUCGCUAUUGACGAAGGUAUUGCUGCUUUGGAAAAGGUUGUCUAUCACUUGGAAUCUUAUGAUGUCACUACUGUUAGAGCUACUACACCAAUGUUCUUGCUCUCUCACUUGGCUUCUCAAUACAUUCGUGUUAUCUUGUCUGGUGAAGGAAGUGAUGAAAUGUUUGGUGGUUAUGUCUAUUUCAGAGAUGCCAAGGACUCUCAACAAUUACAAGAUGAAAUGGUUACUAAGGUUAGAAACUUGCACUUGGCUGACGUUAUGAGAUGUGAUAGAGCUACCAUGGCUCAUGGUUUGGAAGCUAGAGUUCCAUUCUUGGAUAAGGACUUUUUGGAUACUGUCAUGACUAUUCAUCCAGAUCAUAAAUUGCAUCACUACCAUGGUACUGAUGGUGAGGAACACAAUAUGGAAAAGUUUGUUCUUAGAAAGGCCUUUGAUGGAUUGGAUUUGAUUCCUGAUGAAAUUUUGUGGAGAACUAAGGUUCAAUUUGGUGAUGGUGUUGGUCACGGUUGGAUUGACUCUUUGAAGGAAUUCUGUGACAAGCAAGUCACUGACGAAGACUUUGCUAAGGCUGCUGAAAGAUUCCCUUACAAUACUCCAAUUUCUAAGGAAGCUUACUAUUAUAGAACCUUGUUCGAAAAGCACUUCCCAUCUGAUAUUUGUGCCAAGACUUGCAAGAAGUGGUUGCCAUGGAGUAAGUAUGAAGUCGAUCCUAGCGGUAGAUUCCAAUUGUCUGAAAUCAAGAAGCUCAACCAAGAUUCCCAAUAAACUUAUUUCUAAGGAAUACAAGUUUUUC